ACAACAUUUUUCUCUCUUCCCCUUUCUGAUUCGCUCUAAAAAUGUCUCGUCUUCUUGUUCUUCUCUCUCUCCCAAUUCUCUUCCUCUCUCUAAGCUCUUGCCAGAACCCCCCCUCCCCUGGCUACCACCCAAGCAACCAAAUUCAGACCAUUGGGUUCGAUCAGGGCUUUAGAAAUCUCUGGGGCUCUCAGCACCAGAGACUUGACCAUGGCGCGUUAACCAUUUGGCUUGACGCUACGUCGGGUAGUGGGUUCAAAUCCCUCCGUCGAUACCAAUCUGGCUACUUUGGAGCUGCCAUUAAGCUUCAUCCUGGCUACACUGCUGGAGUUAUCACUUCUCUUUAUCUUUCGAACAAUGAAGAUUUCCCGGGGUACCAUGACGAGAUCGAUAUCGAGUUCCUCGGGACGACGUCGGACAAGCCAUAUAUUCUGCAGACAAAUGUGUACAUGAGAGGGAGUGGAGAUGGAAAUAUCAUAGGAAGGGAAAUGAGGUUCCAUCUCUGGUUUGACCCAACUCAAGAUUUCCACAACUAUGCCAUUUCGUGGACUCCAAGAGAAAUUAUAUUCUUCGUGGACGACAUACCGAUAAGGAGGUAUGAGAGGAAGA